GACAGAGCAGAGCAGGGAUUGAUGGAGAUCGCUACGGUCGACCUCCGUGGACUGGAGCGUGGAGGGCCAGGCUGGGCGGAAGCCCGCGACGCGGUGGCCGCGUCCAUGGUGGCGCACGGAUUCGUCGUCGUGCGGGACGACGACGCGCUAGGCCCGCAGCUCCGGCAGGCGCUGUUCGGCCGCGCCAUGCCGGAGGUCUUCGCGCUCCCGGCAGAGGCCAAGCGGCGGUACGUCUCCACCUCGGAGCCCUUCAGGUUCAGGGUCCAAGUCUCCGACAUCCACGGCAUGAGCUCGGAGAGCCUGCGCCUCCCCGACGCCACCGACGCAGGCCGCGUCCGUGGCUUCGCGGACCUCCUCUGGCCGCAGGGGAACCCUGCAUUCUGCGACACGGUGGUGUCCGCUACGAAGAACAUGCUGCAGCUGCAGCGGACGGUGGAGACGAUGGUCCUCGAGGCGCUCGGCGUCCGGGAGGAGAACAUCCACGCGCACCUGGGCACGCUCGCGCACGCGCUCCGGCUGUCGCGCUACGGGGUCCCGCCGGACACGGAGACCGGCGUGUCCAUGCAGGCGCACCUCGACUACAGCAUGACCACGGUGGUCGCGCAGUACGAGGUGGAAGGCCUCGAGGUGCAGGCCAAGGACGGGACCUGGCUCGCCGUGCCGCCCGAGCCCGCCGCCUUCACCUUCAUGGCCGGCGAGCUGUUCACGCAGGUGACGAACGGGAGGGUGCCGCCCUGCCUCCACCGCGUCAGGACGCCGAGCAACCGCGAGCGCCUGUCGGUGCUGUUCGGCUGCCGGGGCAAGGACGGCGUCGUGCUGAGCGCGAUGGACGAGCUCGUCGACGCUGACCACCCGCUGGCGUACCGUCCAUGCACCAACGACGGCUACGCCAAGUUCCGCGUCUCCGAUGAAGCACGCAAGUUCAGUGAUCCAUUGAAGGCGUUCUGCGGUGUGGAGAAGGAUGGAUUACCAACGGAAUGAUCUUCACGAGCCAACGUAUUCAGUUCGUCUCACCAUUCCCGAUCGAGCUGGGGCCUCGGUCGCCAGUCACCACUGGCACUGCUACACAUAUUAAUCGAAUGCAGAAAUUCAAAAACCGGCCUCCGUUCGAUGAAUAAAGUGUAUAAAUUUAUUCA